AUGGUUCCUUUUCCCUGUCUACCAUGCUUCACCACAAAAUCCAACACCACAAACCACUUCACCCCAAUAGAACAACUCUGCCACCGCUUCUCUCUUGCACAGCUUCAAGCAGCCACAAACGGGUUCAACCCAAGUUUAUUUCUUGGUGGAGAAGGCCCAUGUCAGGUCUACAAAGCCCACCUCAAAGCCCAUGGAGACGUUGUCAUCAAGCGCUUCAAGACUAGAAGCCCAGCUGGGGAAAUAGAAUUCAGGGCCGAAGUCAAGAUUCUGUGUCAACUACACCACCCAAACAUUGUUCCUUUGAUUGGUUUCUGUGAGCACAAAAAUGACAAGUUCGUUGUGUUUAAUUAUGUCCCUAAUGGAAGCCUCUAUGAUUCCUUGCAUGGCACCAACAAUAACAAUGUUCUUGUUCCCUUGUCAUGGAAACAAAGACUUCACAUCUGCAUUGGUGUGGCUCGUGGACUACACUACAUUCAUUUUGGAACCAAGAUACCUAUCAUGCAUCGUGCAGUGACAUCAAGCAACAUUCUUUUGGACCAUAAUUUGGUGCCUAAAGUUGCAGAUUUUGGACUCUGCAAGAAGCAACCCGAAGGCAAAGGGGAGUCUAGGCCAAAACCACCAAGAGUUGAGUUGAGGGAGAACUUGGAGCUUAGUUUGGAAUAUUUAGAGCCAGAGUAUAGAAUUACUGGAAGGUUAUCACAUAAAUCUGAUGUGUACUCUUUUGGGGUGGUUAUGUUGGAGAUUUUGUGCAGGAAGGAAGCGUGUUUUUCGACCCCGGGUAGAGACUGUUGUGAGUAUCUUGUCAAAUGGGCCUUUGAUGAUGAAAGGAAGGGGGUUCCUGAGAAGAUUGUUGAUCCAUCUCUCAUUGGAAAAAUAGCACCUGCUUGUUGGGAAAUGUUCAUUGAGAUCGUUCAGAGAUGUCUGGCUUCAGUUGAAGAGAGGCCAAGGAUGGGUGAAGUGGAGGUGGUUCUUGAAAAUGCAUUGCUGUUGCAAGAGAGAGCAGAUGCUGUGAAGGAGCUAGUGUGA